GGCGGACGAAGUAUUAAUUAUGAAAGGUUGUAUCCAACACAACUGAUGACACCGCUUCAAGAUCCACAUGCAUGAACCAACCAAGGCGGCCGCGGCGGGCGACGACAGUGCCCACUACGUCGCGGUGGGGCGGUCCAACUCACAAGCGAUCGGAGCGUUCAUUGAAUGGAGGGAAACACAAAUCGUCAUGAUCUCGCUCGUCGUGUUGGACGUGGCGGCAGCAGCAACUGGGCUCGUUCUCGACCUUCUCACACAGACCGGCGUGAUCGUUCCCCCGCUCCUCGGGCAGCUUCUGCAAUCGUUUGGUGGCUUUACGUUGUUUGUGUUCCUGAUCGAACUUACUGCGCUCGUGUGGGUCUUCCAGCUCGCAUUUUUCACCCACGUCGGGUACAGCAUUGACUUUUUGGUGGUACUCAUGUCGCUGUCAUGGGAGCUUUCGCGGCAAUCCAAAGGACUGCGACUCCUUGGAGUGCUUCGACUGUGGCGAGUCUUCCGCCUGGUCAACACAUACCUCAACGACGAGCGCUCUCGGCAUGCUGCAACCGCCGAUCUCUUGGACAUUGAAAAGCGAGCAGUGGAAGCUGCGGCACUGAAGGUCCAGGUCCUGAACGACGCACUGGAGAAGGAAUACCAAGCCAAGGCCACCCUAAAUCUAGCAUUGCAAGAGUACAAGGACGAGGUAGACACGUUGAAGGAGGCGCUCACAAUCGCCGCCAUGAGCAUCACGCGUCAUGGAGUCGAGGAAGUCGAACACGACAACGAUGAAGUGGCGGACGACAGCGAGGACAAUGGAGACGUUAGUCUGCGCCAGCCGCGCAUCGUCAGCCCCGACGAUGUCUUCCAGGACGCACUCAUGUCGUGAUUCCAUGUAAUCUACUAAAGUCUUAUGUGGCUCUACAA